CGUGGCUCAGGGGUAACCUGAUCCAAAACAAACCAUGGCCGGGGAGAGAGGGAGAGUGAAGCGAAUGCAUUUGAAAAACUGCAUGUAUUUAAUAGAAUAGUUCGGGCAGUGUUUGAGCUGCAGUCCCUGCCUCUUGCAGAGAAACGCAGCAACAAUCACCUGGUUUAAAACCGACACUAAUAACUUAAAAAAAAUCGCCCUCUCGGUAUGACUUCGUACUUAAAAUAUUUUGAGUAAAGAAGUAGCAUAUGCUGAAAUUGAUAUUUUAAACGAUGAGGCUGUAAGCGACUUCCUGCCGAUAAAACAAAUAUAUGGGUGAGCCAGAGAGGGAAACACGACUCUGCCCUGAGAGUGUUGCAAAAAUAGUUUUUAAAUUAAGUCUGAAGGCGGCGUUUUUCGUGGCUGUAAGGAUGAUAUCUGGGUCACGCAGUCGCGUCAAAAUUGGAUUCUGCUUUAAUUAUCAAGGCGGUGUUUGACUUUCGAAAAACAUUGGUUGGGAUAUUGAAAAAUAAUGCUUGAAAUGUCCUCAAUGAGUGUAUGUAAAUAAAGCAAUGUUGUUUUAACGGGUGCAUUGGGAGCUCUCCGGGUAGAUCAACAUAGGGGAAUAUACAUAUGUUCCUAUUUUAGAUUUAUGUAACAUGUAUCCUGCUGGGUUACUUCGAACUUCGAUAACUGCAUUAAUGUUAGUGAUAAGGGCAAGAUCAAUAACCUCUUAUAUUGUGUCGCUUCUAGAUGAAAUAAGUGGAAAAUGAGCAGCUUUGAGCUGUCCUUAGCCAGAGGAGUAAACAGUAAGGAAAUUGUCAGUUCCAAAUUUGGAAAAUGUAAAGCGUUUUCUUGUUCUGCAGCUACUGAAAUAAAUAAAUGAAAUUUGAAUCAGAAUCUAAUCAGGUUUAUUAUCACUGACGUAUGUCGUAAAAAUUGCUAUAUUUACGGCAGCAAUACAGUGCAAUACAUUAUAAAAACUAUAAAUUAGUUUUAUAGUUUUGUGUGUGUGCGGUGGAAAAGAGCAAAAAAAAAGUGAGGAAGUUUGUAUGCGUUGCUCGAGAUUUCCAGCAUCUGCAGAAUCUCUUGUGUUUCUGUUUUAUUUUUAGUUGGAGUUCAGCACGAUUGUGAUAAUGUUGGGACUCAAUGUUUUAUAUGAUCCCCCUUAUUUAUAAAACUCGUUUUAUCCUCUCGCUACUCAUUAACGUGCUUAGAAACUACAGCCAGGCUCAGUUUUCUGAAGAAGUGUUUUAUAAAUUGAAAUAUUUCACGAGAUAAAUAGUGAGUUAGUGUUCAUGGGUUGCUUCAUUGUCCAUUCAAUAAUCUGAUAGACUCAUGGAUGUUUUAUAUUUAGGGAACUCGUUCUCCUUGUGAAUACAAAAGCGUGUUUAAUCUGGAGUCGGGGAUACGACGUUGUCGUGUUUGCUCUUAACUGGUACUGGCAUUGAUUACAGGAACUUGAUCAAUAGUUUAGAGAUUUUCCUGCCAGUAUGAAUUUCUGUGUGAUGUACUGUAAAUGAAUAAACUAUUUGUUCGUAAUUGCAAAGACUGGAUCAAAAGUGGAAGAAACGGGAAACUGAAUAAAAUUACAAAUGGCUUGUAAGGGUGAAUUUCAGCUACUUUACCUGAGAGGAAAAACUGUGACAAUCUCUGUAAAGAAGCAUUUAACCCGCACAAAAUGCUGGAGGAACUCAGCAAGCCCGGUGGCAUCUAUGGAACAGAAUAAAGAAUCGACGUUUCGGGCGGAGACCCUUCAUCAGAUGUCAGCUCGAACGGUCGACUGCUCAUUCCUUUCCAUAGAUGUCACCUGGCCUGCCGAGUUUCUCCAGCAUUUUGUAUGUGUUACUCUGGAUGUCCAGUAUCUGCAGAAUCUCUUGUGUUAAAGCUUAAACCGCGGUCUAAUCAGCAAUUAAUACCACUUGAAUUAAUCUAUUUAAUGAAUCCAGGUGGAGCGAAAGGCGUUUUCCUUUUUUUUCCAGACAGCACUUCUAAGUCUUUCCUGGCUCUUUGUACUAUUUUCGGUGAAGAAUAAAUAAUACAUCAAAUUCGUAUUUACAACUGGUUGUACAUAUGUACUGGAAGAUGUGGAUGUCAGUUCUAUUUCCUUUAACGUAUCAUCCAGGUGGUCUUAUUUAAACAAUGGAUUAAACUCAGACACAACACGUGGUUGCAAAGGGCGCUGGAUAACUAUUCAAUAGAAUAUAAAAAUGUCACUGAUCUGAGUUUAUUUUGGGGGUAAAAUUAAAUAGUUCACGAUAAUACAAGGAAGUUUAAUUUUAAAGAACAUUCAACAUAUAAUCCACUUUAACAGUAAAGAAAAUGCCUUCCAUGUUUCGGGUCAGUGUUGAGUUGCAAAAUUUCCGAAAAUUAUUCUGUAGUCUUCUUAAAUCCUUAGGCCUUUUGUAACUGUUCAAUUAAAGCUUUUUAAAAGAACGCUCCAAACUAAAAUGAAAGGUGACAUUUAUGUUUAGAAUUGGCUCAAAAUGCUUAGAUUCGGAAAUCGCUUAAUUUUGUGAUUUAGAAACUAUAAUUCGGGCGAUUUAUAAAUGUACGCAUUGCGUGAUGAAGAGAUGUUCAAAUUUAUUAGCAUACGGUUUGAUUUACGGUUGUGGAAGAAUAUAUGAGGUUCCGACGUCAUUGAACAUGCAAGUUGCAAUGGUCGUUUAAAGAAUCCUGGUACUCCAGAUAAUAAAGAAAACUCGCUUUAACAGCGGAAAUGUACGCAGGAUAUAUUUAAUGUAAUGUCUACUUGCUGUUCGGGUGGUGAUGAGUGUUUGGGGUGGUGGGGGGGGGAGUGGAGGUGGAGUUGGAGAUGGGGGGGGGUUAAAUAUCGGCUUUUAUUGCAUCACAUGUACAAAGUGUCCAAUCAGCUUUGAGUUGAAGGAAAUUAUUUGGUGGAGUGUCUCUGGACAAGUGUGGCUUUUAUUGAGAACUUUACGCUUGGAACGAAGCGGGUUGGAGUUGGACCCCCCCCCCCCAUCUUAAAUAUCUCGUCUAAUCGGGGUUUAGUUACACCUUAAAAUAAGCGGGCGCCUAAAUGCUUCGAUUAAAUGCAUAAUUGUUUAUUCCAACCUUAGUGUCGCUCUCUAUGCGAAUUAUUUAAUAUUAACAAAAUUUAAUUAAUGGCAGAGCCGACCUCACUCUUUUUCGUAUGGCAAGUACAAUGGUUGGGAUUAUUCCAAGGUGCGUGGAUUAUAUCUCAAGUGUUACACUGGAUGGAUUUCAGUUUGGGCAUUUGGAGAUGUUCGGCGUUAGACUGGGUUACCUGCGUAUUAACGGCAAGCAAAUGUUCGCCCUGUCUCAAGUGCUAGCUGAUCUCUUCAAGCAUGUCCCCAGGACCACGAUCCGAAAAAGAAUGGAGUACCUGAAAAUCAAAAGGCGUCGCUGCGAUUUGCAGGAACUACGGACGCUCAAAGCCAUGAAAUCUGUGCCAACACGGGCAGUCAAAUGCACGCUCAUUUCUAAAGAGGACCUGGAGGCUCUGUACACGGUUUACAAAGACCCCGAAUGCACCAGGAAGAAACUCAAGGUAAAAGUGAGGGAGAAGGGGCAUUUUCCCAGCCGCCAAGAUUCCAGUUACUUCUCCGAUUUCUGUAGAGAGAGGACGGUGUUGUUGCGGACUCGGAACUCUGCCGUGCCGUGCGAGGAGAAAUCCAACCGAGUUGUCGAAUCAACUGAAAACAGCGGCCUAUUCGAGCGACCCGGCUGGCGAUCCAUCACCGAUCCAGCCGAACAAGGCUUCACAAACUAUGAAAAUGACGGAAAAUCUAGUUUCUGCCCGCUGUACCGCGAACGGGACGGGUUUCAUCAGGACGAGGGCAGGUGUUACCCCAGAACAGUUCAACCCGCCAUAGCAGUUCGACUCAAUAGAGCGGGCAGUCCCGUUCACUUCAGGGCGAAAUAUUCUUCUUGUAAUCAGAGCAAAAAUGCGGAGAGUGGAUUUAUCGGAAACUAUAAUUCAUCCUUACCGCCACCAGUUUUGAAGUCUGUAAAAAGGAUGGUUCUUUGCGGGGAUAUAAAGGCUUUGAGUGGAACUCCCUGCGCGCAGAUGACUCAGGGCGCCUCUCUGGGAUGCUCCAGCGACUCAGACUGCAGCCUAGAUCCCGAAAACGACUCGGAUUUCGGGUCGACGGACGAAGACGAAGAGGGAGAGUCGCUACUGUCUGGCUGCAGUAGUGACGACGAAAGCUCUUCGGUCUCCGAUUCCAGUUCGGCUUUCAGCGGUGCCUCCUUGCACAGCAUCCGCUUCAGACGGGCCACCUUACCCAGUCUCUGUCACAAGACCCCUGCUGUCCCGGGGCAACCCGGACUGGAGGAGAAGCCGGAGCUCGCGACAGGGGAAUGCCAAUCACUUUACGCCGGAGGUGCGGUCCAGUCGCGCCCGUUCAGCCGCCAACCGAGUUACGGUCCCUCGGGCAACGCGACUGGCCGCCAGAACGCUCUUAAAACUGAGGCCGAAGAGGUCGACGCGUCACAGCCGCAGACGGCUAGAAAUCCCACUCUGACCCCAAGCUACUUUGCAAAGCGUGGGGCCUCUCAACCCAGCCACCAAGAGAGCUCGCAGCCUUCACAACAAAGGGAUUUGCUGCAUUCAGAUGCACGUUCCGGUGCAUCCACUGCACUCUGCCUCGGCAAUAACUAUUUGAAAACCUCCGGGAGGGACGAGGGAACUUCACCAGCUCCCAACACCCAGGCUGAAGGGAGGAUUAAACAAACUUUCAAGAGUUCUGAUUUAAAUCAGAAUUCUACAGUCACCAGCGCUGCCCCGGCCCAACAGAAUACCCAGAGAGUCUUCGAUCCCAUCCACAAAUCGUGCUUUUGGAAGUUGGGAGAGCGCGAGGGUCCGGGGAACUAUGGCCUCAAGAGGAAACGGCGGAAAGCGAAACACGUCCAGGGAAUCCACCGAAAUGAAAAUGGCGGAGUGCAGUCUGCGAGGGGCAAUGGUGCCUCCAUCCAUCGCCCCAAACACUCUACCUCAAAAGGAGAACAAAACCGCAGCAUUUUAGACAGCAAAGCUUCGGCCAUUGGUAGGUGGGACAAUGGGACAAAAAAGAAACAGGUUUCUUCCAGGCGUGACAAACAGCUUAACUCUAAGGGAUGCUCCGCGAAGACACCUGAUAGGAUUCAACCUUGGGUGACCGCGGCGGGCAAGAGGGAGAAUUUGCUGAAAGACACGUCGAAGUGCAAACGGGUCACUUGCGGAUUAGCAACGCCAGUAAAGACAGCUUUUAGCCUCAUGGGCAAUUUCCCCUCGCCACCCUCACUGGUUGUGGGGGAUGAUGGUGAUUUGUGCCCAGCCUAUUCAUUUUGCUCUGAUCAUUCCUGUUCGAUGCAGAAAGCUCACCCGGUGUGGAGAUGGCAAAUCGGGGGCACCGCCAUCCCUCUUCCGCCAAGCCAUAAAUUCAGGGGUUUCAGCAUUUAACUCCUUAACCUGCUUGGGUUUGAACAUGAAUUGGCUGCGAAUGAGAACUGCAGAGUUGGUGCUAAUGGGAAUGAUCCUGAAAGUUAUUCUAUUUAUGACAUAUACAAACAAUUUAGGGAAAAAAACUAUCAAAUCGGGAAGUAUGGUUUACAAUGUUGUAUGAAUGAGAGUAUUUCUAUCACGUCACCUCAAAUGAAACUCAGUCAUAAUCCUUUAAAAAAUCUGUCACAUUCGAGCAAAUUAAAUAUGGCACGUGCCAUUGUUUUUUUUCGAGACUGAAGAGUAUGGGAAAAAGGAAUUUAGUCCAAGGAUUGUACAAGCGUGUCUGUACCUUUGCACUAUUGAUCGUCCCUGUACAAUCGACUUAUAUACAUGGGAGCCUCGCUGGGUGAAUUCUUCAGUUUAUCCAACGAACACAAUCUCAAACAAUGCGUUAACACAACAAAAUAAUAACAAAUUUCAAAUCUACAUUCAAAGUAAUUAGAAUGCAUUGUGGAAAGUGAAAGGGUGUUCGGAGUUUUGUGAUUGUUUUGUUUUCCUCUGGAUAGUUUUGUUUUUAAUAUUAGGUAAUCCCAAAAUGCAACGAUCUUUUAUUUUUGCUUAUCUCUGUUCCCUCGUUGUGUUCAAUAUGCCUUAAUUAAAAAUAGGCAGAAAACAGUAGUAACAAAGCAAGAGGAGGGGCCAUCUGUCAUUUUUAUAAUGGAUGGAAUGUUCCCAUAAAAAUUUUACUCUAUUUCUUAAAUUUUUAAAAUGUUUAUUUUCUCUUAAAGUCGUUACGUAAGGACGAACUAUUCUGAGAUUUAAUUUAAAUUUUGAGAUUUAAUUUAAAACAUGGUUUAGUUGAGAUUACACUGAAGAGGGAAGAAAAACGGGUGGGUGGGUGUGUGUGUGUGUGUGUGUGUGUGUGUGUGUGUGUGUGUGUGUGUGUGUGUGUGUGUGUGUGUGUGUGUGUGUGUGUGUGUGUGUGUGUGUGUGUGUGUGUGUUGGGGGUCCCUUUCCCUUUGACCGUCGUUCGGGCAGAACGAUUAAACUUCUAUGCUCUCUCUUACUUGUAUCUCUUUAAUAAUCGGAUGUAUGACUUGCAGGGAAACACGGUAACCUCCUUCCGUUUAGAUGCAAAUCGGUUGUACUCCGGAGGAAGAGAGGUUAAUGCACCAGGGCACCAGGACAUGCAUUAGUGAUCAAACCCCCACGCAAUCCUCCAAUCAAUAGUUCCUUUCAGAAUGACUCAAGACGAAAUGCCAUUGUAAUACCUUUUGGAAAUUAAAAAAAAACAAUAAUAGUCAGUUGUUAUAAGCGUCAUUUGUUUAGUGUUCCUCAUGGGGCCGGAAAAAUGUUGAAAAGUUUUGCAUCUAAGUUUCUUUCUGUCCUUUGUGGUAACUAGAGUCUUUCGGCGGCAGGAUGCUUUUUUUCACGUGUGAGAGUUCAGGAAAAAUAUGGCGAUGGUCUUGCGUGUUAUUUAUACAGUGUUUCUAUGACGGUGCUAGGUAGAUCCGCUCAAAGAUCGGUUUCGAAUUAGCGUGAUGCAAAACACAUUGAACGCAAGUUGUUGUGAGGGGGCCCCAAGCUUUUCUGAAAAGAUUUUUAAAUCUAUUUCUCCCGCCCACCCCUCACUCCCGGCACACAUACUAAAAUUUGCAUUUCUUCCAAGAUGGUGGUCGUUUAUUUACAUAAAGUAGAGUCCAGAGUGAAGGUAUCAGCUCAAGUUACUCUCAUCUUUGGGUCAGAGGAACUGCCAAAUGUCACGGAUUUUGGCUGUGGACAAAAACAAGAGGUCGAAAUGUUGCACACAUUCGCUUAUCGUGUCACAGAAGAUGUUGCCCGAUCUGCUGAUUUCCUCCAGGAUUUUGCGUCUCCAUUGCUCUAGAUGACCUGUUCCUACUCUUAUGUCUAAGUGGUAACUGCAAAUAAAAAACUAAUUUCUG